UUCUGAAGGUGAAUGGUCUAAAGAGUCAUCCUAAGACUAUUGUAGUGAUGCCAGAAGAGCUUGGCGAAAAAGUUGUAGUUUAAGCGGUGAAGUUAUAAAUUCUGUAAAAAACUCUUCAGAUAGGACGAAUCAUACCGUACUCUUCGGCAAAGUUGUUCCCUGGAACACAAAUUAUAAGCCAUUGAGAUUUUUUUUUAAUUUCAAAAUUUGAUAAAAUACUCAAUAACGGCAAAAAUUAAAACCAGUUUCUCUUCUUGUUUUUCCCCAGCCCUCUCGCUCUUCCUGGACCUGCGGCGACGGCUGCUCGAGCUCGGCGACACCGCUAGCUUUAUGCUGGCGAUCGGCGGCGUCAACCAAAAGUCGACGCACUUUUCGCAGGCUAUCAGCGAGCCGGCCAAGCUGUACACCGUGGUCGACAACAUUGUGUCCUUUGUGACGAAGCACGGCUUCGACGGGGUGGACAUUGCGUGGUUCUACCCGGGUCAGUUUGGCGGUCGCGCGUGUGACAAGGGUAACCUGGUGGUGCUGCUGCAGGAGCUGCAGCUAAGGUUGCGGGCUUGCGCGAUGGGACUGUCGGUGACGGUCGGGGUUGAUCCGAAGGAUAUCGAUAUUAGCUACGAUGUGCCGAAGAUUGACGAGUACGUGGAUUUCGUCAACUUUUUGACGGGGGAUUACCACGAUCCGAGGAAGCCCUCGCACGUGUCGCCGCUGUACCCGUGCGAUACCAAGGAUCGGUUGAACAUUCAAUACAGCGUGAAAACGUACAUCCAAGCGGGGUUGAACCCGCAAAAGAUCGUCAUUUUGCUGUCAACGUACGCGUACUUGUACACGAUGAAGAUCCCUGCAAAGGGUGGUCAAGCUAUUCUGAAGAACGUCCAAAAGCUCAGUAAACUGAGUGCCCAAGAGAUCAUCGAACGGGAGAACUUCUUAAUUUCUUGGGAUGACGCUCGGUUCGUUCCGUACGCCAGUUGGACUCAAGGAACGAACAAGAAGUGGAUAACCUUCAACGAUCUGGAGUCUCACCGAAAGAAGGCCGCCUUCGUGCUGGAUCACCAACUCGGCGGAAUCGGCGCUUUCUCAAUCGAUCAGGACGACUAUCAAGGCUACGCCAACCUCGGCCCGUACCCAUUCCUGUGGGCCGUCGUAGAUAUCCUGCGACCGGAGUCAAAGUACAUCGACUUCAGCGUUCCAGUCCAGCUAGUCCCGUCGGACGCCUGUCCCUACUCCGGCAACGUCUCAGACCCGUCCUGCCCCAACUGCUUCGUCGAAUGCCAAGCAGGCGCCGCCAUCGCGGACUGUCCCCGGCGCAGCUGUCCCGAAGGAACCGUCUACGACCCCGCCCAGGAUGUAUGCUAUCAGCCGGCACCGUGUGGAUGUCCAACCGGGUCCGGAUCCCCGACCACGUCCACAACGGCUUGCACCACGGCCGUGGCCCCCAGUUCGACGACCGUCACGGAGUCAAGCUCAACCGCCAGCGGUACAACCGAACCAGAAACAACGACAACCCAAGCCACUACGACCACGACGACGGCGACGACCGUGGCGCCCCCUUAGCGUGAACCUGGUCAACGUGAUCGCGGUGUCCAAGAACUGAGUAGUUUGUAAUAAAUGCCUAUUGUUGUUGUGUUAGUCCAAGUCUCGCGUCUUAUUACGACCAUAUUUGGCGGUAAUUGUCGGCGGCGGCGGCGGCGCCAUCUGAACCUGAUCGACAAGAUCGUGGCGCGGUGACCGGAGGAGGUCAACUUCAUUCGUGCGAUCCGUCAUCGCGCAUAAAUUAAGUUGUGUGCUGUCUGGACGGGAUUGGUUCGAGGUCUACGGGUCGCCUCCGGUAGAUCAUCGGAAAAGUUGGCUUAAGAUCGAUUUGAAUUCUACAGAUCUUAUACAUGUUUAUCGUCUCACUGGGCUGAAUAUUUCCGUCAACAGGUCUCAGAAAUUAAAUAAGUGGUGUUAGUUUACCUUGUUAGAGCGGUUUCAGAACUCUGUUUUUUUGUAUAAAGUUGUGGAACUCACCUGAAAAGGGAAAGUAAACAUAUUAUAAGUUAACAAUCUUUCACGUUUGCUGUCUCAUUUAAGUUUAAAUAAUUUCAAAUCGUUUGAACUCACUUCAGGGAAAUUACAUCGUAAAAUUAAACCUUAUGGCAUUCCUCAUUACUACCGGGUGUAAUUAAUAGCCCAUUCCCUUAACUUCAGCAUGUAACUUUCAACAGACCCUAAAAAUCCAAUCAAUUGUGCAAAAACAUUUCCAUAGCUCAUAAACUACCCUCAUUUUCUUUUUCUUCAAAGACUGCCAAUAGCCAUCGCUGCACCCCCAAAGAAAUUUGCAUCAAACUUUAAUAACAGAAGGAAAACAAUUUAUCAGGUGGUUUCAUUCACCUUAACCUCCCGCGCGCGAGGCACCAAAAACCGGACAAAAUAGGAUGAAGAGAAGCUUGAACACAAAGUGGUUUGACUAUAUAAAGCAAAAACAACAUGGAAAACGAAUGAAAAUUAUAACACCCAAAAAAAACCCCGACAACGCCAUAAGGAAAUGAGCUAUAAAAUGGGCAAAAAUGGCUCGAAAAAAAUAAAUAAAGCAUUACACCUCCUCCUCUUUCUAGAAAAUAAUAUUACCCCAGAGGAGGGUAGUGAAUAGAGCCAACGCUAUUUUUUCCUACUCUGUUUUUGGUUCCCCACUUUGAAAGUGAUUAUCUCCGGCAGCUCAUUCACGUUGUAAGCCGCACACGAGCAAAGAAUGAUGUGCCUGAAAUCGCCGUUUUGCAUACUAUACGUUUAGCGGCAUAAUCGGCCCCGGCAACAACUUCAUUCAUGGCAGGAGCUUUUUUGCCCUCAACCUUCAACAAAAGAUAAAGCGGUGAACGGGGUUUUUAAGCUAGUUCAUCUUGUCAUGGUGAAACUAA